AGCGUGCAGUCAGUACAAACGCGUGGACUCGGACGAUUUCCAUGUUACGACUUAAAGCGUCUGCGCAUGCGCAACACUUGUUUCACGUUUUUUGACAGUCAGAUUUGCUUAAAAGUUGUUCAUAUAGUGUAUUAAUCAUCAUCAUUUUGUUAUACGAAUCUUCCUAGUUAUUGAAUAUAUUGUUGAAAAUCUUUUAUAUCAAAAUAUUACGUGAGACUACAAAAUCGUCACCAAUCGUAAUCGUGCAUAGAUAUAUAUUUUUACUUUGUAGAUGGCGCUAUUUCAAAUCAAUAAUGUUUUGUUUGUGAUCGUAUUAAUUGCAUAUUCGGCUUAGUUGCAUUACGUCGUGCUGUUGGUGGUAAUAACGAAACGAUUUUGUCAACUAAUACAAUUUGUACGAAAUAUAUGCCACAUAAAUAAAAUUACGAAAUAUUUCAAAAUAACAAUCACAACUGCCAUGACACGUACUUCGUUUACUCGUUUUUUUCGGACAUCAAGACAUAACAUUUUCACGUGUGUUGAGAGACGAAAACAAAUGAGCUUAUUUCAUGAACAAAGAGAUCCUGAAAUCUGCUUAGAUCAUUACAUUUAUGAAUUGAAUUGUCAUUAACUUUAUUAAGUGAAUUCUUGAAAAUGGAAGUCGAUAGCACGAAUUCAGAGUCGUCGACGAUAAAUCCAACAUUAAUGAGUGUGGAAAGUGCGGUAGUUGAAAAUUGCAAUAUAGACAAAAGCAUUGAAUCUCAAACUUCGACGAUACCAACAGAAACAUCGUCGUCAUCAAAGCUGUCUGUCGGUGAGUCGUCAAAAAAAAGGACGAUCAAAGAAAAUGUGAUGCCUGUGUUGAUCAGAAUCUGUUCCAAUGAACCCAGCUGUGGGUCCGAUAUCAUUUAUAUAAAUAAAGAUCAAUUUAAAAUUGGCCGCAAACCUGAUAAUGAUGAAGUUAUUUUAAGUGUUUUAAUAUCUAGAGAGCAUUGUAUAUUGCAAUACAAUGAGAACAAUGACAUGUGGUUAGUUACAAAUUUAAGCUCUACAGAUACCUUAUUGAAUAAUCAUCCUAUUCCUCGCAAUACAACAAAAAUAAUCCAUGAAGGCGAUGUUUUACAAUUUAGUAUGUCUGAUUGCUUUAGAUACAAAUUUUCAUAUAUUAAACAAGAACCUAAGUGCCAGAAACAUCCUAGAAUGGAAAACAGUGAUUUGAAGUUGGACAAUAUUAUCAAUAAGCAAAAAACCUUUGUUGAGUGGCAAAAAAAUGAAAGAAAAGAUUUAGAAAAACAAUUGGCAGACAAACAAGAAGACCAAGAAAAGUUGAAGCAAGAAUUGGAAAAGCUAUUGGAAGAUCAGAAUGUUACAAAAACUUGUAAUAAAGAAUUGAACAGUCAAAUUGAGAAAUUACAAAAACAAAUAGAGUCUGGAAAUUCUGUUGAAUUAGAAUUACAACAACAGUUUAAAGAUCUUGUUAAGAAAUCAGAAGAGGAACGUCUCAAGUUUGAGAAGAAAUUAGCUGAAGAGAAACAAAAAUGGCAAGAAGCUCUGACGAUCACGAUAGAAGAAAAAGAAAAGCUUGAAUUAUCAAUGGUUGAACAGAUGGAAGAGUUAAGAGAAAAGAUUGAAAAGAUACAACAACAAGAAUGGCAGAAGAAAAUGGAUACAUUGUUGCACAAGGAAAAGAAUGUGCAGACCAAAUUGCAAAGUGAGAAACAAUUAUUGGAACAAAAAUUGAAGGAAAUGGAAGAAACUUUAAAGAAAAAAGAAGAACAGGCCCAAAAAUCUGAAAUUGUGGUUCUAGCAGUAAAUCCAUCGGCAAUGGAUAUGACUAAUGUUGGUUUCAUGGUGGAACUAGACAGUGUGAGAAAUGUUAAUGAUUUGCCGAUUUUAGAAACAAUUGAUUUGACUGAUACAACUGAUACCCCAUGCUUAAGUUACAAAAAUGAAAAAGAAGAAACAGUUAUUGAUAAAGUUAAUAAUAUAAUGGAUGAAAACUUAACUUGCAGCAUAUGUUCAGAACUACUUGUAAAAGCUAUGACAUUGAAUUGUUCACAUACAUUUUGCUGGUUUUGUAUAGACUCUUGGAUUAAGCGAAAGAGAGAAUGUCCAAAUUGUCGUUCAACUGUUAUAUCUUUAACUAGAUCUUUAGUCGUAGAUAAUUUUAUUGAAAAAAUGGUUGAAAGUUUGACUCCUGAACAAAUAGAAAAAAGAAGAAAGCUAAUAGAAGAA